UAUAGCUCAAGUAAAUCUCAGGUAAGCGCUGGAAGGUAUAUGACGGAGACCUUUGGGACAGGUAUAUAAGGAGGACCGUCAGACUUGAAUAGGGUUCGUCGGAGCCAGUUCUGCUUAUCAACUCUUUCACGGGAAUUACACGUUUGCAUUGUCUUGUGUCUCGCAUCAGGAAAAAUGCUUUCGUUGGUAGUUACAGUGGUCCUUCUCGGCCUGGCCGCAAGUGACCCCUCACCACCGAAAUCUAGAAGAUAUGGACACAAUGAUCCUUAUCGUGGACAACGACACCCGAUCAUUCCAGCAAGGGGACAUUCGAAUACCAAGGUUAUAACUGUACCGAAAGUUCAUCGUGAACAAGUUGGUAUACUCCACCAGGAAGCGGUCCCUGUCCAUCAGACACAGGUCGUGACCAAUGAACGGGUGAAAAUUGUAACACAAAAACAGCCUGUUCUCGUCCCACAAACCAGGGUUCAAAAGAUUCUCCAGCAGGUACCUGUGCAAACUGUUAAAAAAGUUGCAGCGCCAAUGAUCUUCAAGCAUAAAGAAAUUGUUCCCUUCAUCAAGGAAAGAACAAAUCACGUUGUUCAUAAAAUUAAAGUGCCUAAGUACAUAACAAACACUGUCGUGCGUAAAGUUCCCGAACCUGUUGCAAUUCCAAAAAUCCAAACCAAGCACGUCCAUCAUGUUCGGACAAAGGUUGUGCAUAAACACGUUCCAUCUCCAUAUCGUGUCGACAAUUAUGUCAAAGUACCAAAGCACAUUAUUAGAAAUUCUCCUUCCCCGGUUCCAGUGAAGGUUGCCGAUCCUAAGUACAUCGACCGUGUGCAUGUAAAGACACAGAUUGUUCCAAAACACAUCGUCCACACUGUCGCUAAGCCAAUUACCAAGAUCAAAACAGAAUAUAAAACCAUUCACAAAACCGUCCCUAUCCCAUCACCCAUGCCUAAACACUUUCACCACGUGAAACACGUCGACAGACCUAUUCAUCAUACAAGAACAGUGAUCAAGAAAGUGGAUGUACCCAAGAUCGUUGAGAAGACACGCUACCAUGCAGUUGGAGUACCUGUAGUCAAGACUAAUACCGUGGUAAAAACUAAUGUCGUGGAUCGGCCGAUCCCAAAAAUCUUCAAUCGAAUUCACACUGUUAGAGAAAAAAUUCCAGUUCCAUACAAGCAAACCGUGGUUCAACAACGACCAUUUCCAGUUGUGCAAACAAAGGUGGUAGAAAAACAUAUUAACCAUGUACAGAAGGUUCCAGUAGUCCGUAAUCAUGUUCAAACAGUUCACAAACAUCAUGUCGAGAAAGUAGCAGUACCCAAAAUAAUCACACAAGUCGUCCCACAGAUCAAGAUUCAGAAAGUUAUUGAACCUAGAUACAUUCUGAAGGAGACACUCAAGGAAACUUUACGGCCCACAAAAGUGGCGACGAAGUCAACAGUACAAUACUACCAGAUCAAUGCAGAUGGACAACGAGUAGCAAUUUCACCAGCACAAGUACAAAUUAUGAUUUCAUCAGGUGCUAUUUCACAAAACCAAAUACAGACGAUUCGUGGGUCACAGGGUAUGAUUAGCGGCGGCAGGACCAGUGGAUUCAGUCGAGUUGGUUCAGGCAUAAGGCAUAGAGCAGGCCGUCGACGUUACAGAACCAAUAAUGGACGAUACACAAGUCAAAGUUCAUCAGGUCCCAUUUUCGCACGUGCUGGAGGUCACAUGCAGCAAGGUGUUGCAGGUGUUGCGGGUAUUGCAGGUAUGACAGGUGGAGCGGCAGGCGGUUCAAUCGGAGCUAUGAUUUCAGACCUUCAAUCUGGGAUGCGUAGCAAUGCCGGACAUCAAGGUGGGUUUGCACAGGGAGCAGGAGUACAACAAUCAAGAUUCCUUAUGCCAGCGAUGUCCCGACGCAGACAGUAUCUACCAAGGAGUGUAGUUUCGGACGGGCAGGUGCUUCAACAGCUGAAUCGCCAGCCAAUGACUGCUAAACAUAUUUAUGGGAAAGUAACCAACAAAUAAUAAGCAUCUUUGUAUUCAUCAUGGAGAAUGGCGAUUAAUUUUUGAAAAUUAACGAAGACUUCAUUAUUCUGCACAAUUUUUUUGAAAACAGAUUUCGUUUGAAUUUCGAGGAAUUUGUAUUUGAUGGUAGCGUUUGUUCAUUAUCAUCUUCGGGCGUCGAAAAUAAAACACAGUUUACUUUUUUAUAA